CUGCAGAACCUUCUGCCGGAGCACGUCACAGACUUCUUCAUCGGCAAAGACAUCCAGAACCAGGACUUGUACAGUAAGUCGUGCGAGUGUGUUUGCGUGAUGUUCGCAUCAGUGCCGCAUUUCUUCAAGGAGUUUUACAACGAGAGCAGCGUCAACAACGACGGCCUGGAGUGCCUUCGCUUCCUCAACGAAAUCAUUUCAGACUUUGACGAGCUCCUAAACAAGCCCAAGUUCAGCGCCGUGGAAAAGAUCAAGACCAUCGGCAGCACCUACAUGGCAGCGGCUGGACUGACCAAAGCUGCCAAAGCAGAGGAGAGACGGUUUGGUGUUGUGUUGUGUUCAGGGAUAAAUCACGGUCCUGUGAUCGCAGGCGUCAUCGGCGCUCAUAAACCUCAGUAUGACAUCUGGGGAAACACGGUUAAUGUGGCCAGCCGGAUGGACAGCACUGGAGUCCUGGAUAAAAUACAGGUGACAGAGGAGACGGCGCAGGUGGCUCAAACGCUUGGCUACAGCGUAACUCUGAGAGGAGUGAUCCACGUGAAGGGCAAAGGACAGCUGAGCACGUACUUCAUCAACACCGAGCAUCCAGUGCAGUGACCACAGAACGCUUUUAACACCCAUCUGACACAGACUGAGACUGUGAUGAGUGUUUCACUAAGGUCCUCUGCGAACACUCACCAAACAUCCUCUGUCUGCUACGAAUGCCACGAAAGAACUGAACUAGUUAGCACUUAGAUUUAACCAAUUCUAGUACUUUUUAAAAAUGAUUUCUUCAAGAAGUUUCUUCUUUGUGAAGUUAAUCUGUUGUUUUAAACAAUGCAAAGUUGCCAACUUUUCUAACUUUCCAAAG